GCUGGCGGGGGUGGCGCUGUCCCCGCGGCCCCGCUGCGGCCCCGGGCGGGACAUGGCCCCUCGCGGCCGCCCCGCCGCCGCCGCCAUGCCCAAGAGGGGCGCCCGUAAGCGCCUCAAGUUCCGGGCCGACGAUGUGUGCUCCGAGCGCGUGACGGUGGCGGAUUACGCGAACUCAGACCCGGCUGUCGUGAAGUCUGGACGGGUGAAGAAAGCCGUGGCCAACGCGGUGCAGCAGGAAGUAAAAUCCCUCUGUGGUUUGGAAGCUUCUUGUGUUCCUGCUGAGGAAGUGCUCUCCGUAUCGGGGGAGUCUUGUGACAGCAGUGAUGAAAUGGAUACGAAGGAGAGCAUCAACGGGCGAGCUGCUUCUAGAAAAAAGAAGAGCAAAAGGCACAAAGAAGAUCCUGAUGGGGGUGGUGGAGAGGAAUACCCCAUUGAUAUCUGGCUGCUGUUGGCUUCCUACAUUCGCCCUGAGGACAUUGUCCGCUUCUCUUUGAUUUGCAAGAAAGCCUGGACUGUUACUUGCACUGCUGCCUUUUGGACCAGGCUCUACAGAAGGCACUACAGUCUGGACGCAUACCUGCCCCUGCGCCUGCGCCCGGAGUCGAUGGAGAAGCUGCACUGCCUUCGGGCGUGUGUCAUCCGGUCGCUGUACCACAUGUACGAGCCUUUUGCAGCUCGAGUUUCCAGGAAUCCAGCUAUUCCAGACAGUACUCCCAGCACUUUAAAAAAUUCCAGAUGUCUGCUUUUCUGGUGCAAAAAGAUUGAAGGGAACAGACAAGAAGCAAUGUGGGAAUUCAACUUCAAGUUCAAAAAGCAGUCUCCCAGAUUUAAGAGCAAGUGUUGCAAAGGUCUCCAGCCACCCAUUCAGUAUGAAGAAGUCCAUACAAAUCCAGAUCAGGAUUGCUGUCUACUGCAGAUCACCACCUUCAACUUCAUAUUCGUGCCAAUAGUCAUGGGUAUGACGUUUACCUUGUUCACCAUCAACGUGAGCACAGACAUGAGGCAUCAUCGCGUGCGCCUGGUGUUCCAGGACGCUCCGGUUCGCAACGGCAGGAAACCACGCCUGGAGCAGGGAGUGCAGGUUGUGCUGGACCCCGUGCACAGCGUGCGGCUCCUGGAUUGGUGGCACCCACAGUACCCCUUCUCUCCAAAAGCUUAAGUGCUCCCUGGGCCUCAGAGCCGGCGGGUGCCUCCCUGUCACAGGCUGAAGAGUAUGUCAAGGAAGCAGGAAAUCCUCUUUUCAUUUCUUAAAUAAAUUCUGCAGUCUUCUUGCAAGUGGUUGAAGCUGCUGCGCUGGUCUGUAUGUAUAGAACUUCUGGUCAGUGAUGGGCAGAGCUAAGUGUAAAGCAGAAACUCUUUGUAAACACACUUUUAUGUAAAAUUCCGAUUUUAUGAUUUGAAAGGAGCUCCCUGGAACUGUUCAUUUAAAAUCCUUUUGGUGCUAA